GGCUGAUAUCGACAAGCGACAGCAACAAAGGAGAGCAAUUUCUUCCACCUAAAGCCAUACAAAAGGAAUGCUUCACAACAAAGGAUAUCCAAACAGUGAAAUAAAAUAAAUUGGAUGCCUCGCAGUGAAGGGAUUAAUGGAAUAUCGGCUUUUCACUAAUCUAUUCAUAACUUCGAGAAGAGCAUUCUCACUUCAGACGGCUUCGAUCUUUCUCUAGCUCCAUGCGUCAUCUCUGGUGCCAAAAUUUGACGAACCCUAAACACAGUAACCCUUAUGUCACUGAAGUCAACUUUUACGAACUUCUUUUGCCAAAAUGUUUUGCGAAGUGUCAUCUGUGUCACGCACAGCGCGAAUCUCGACAAUUAUUCCUGGAUCUUUCCAGUCAACAUCGAUCUCGAUUCUCCAGGAUGGACGUUCUUACUGUAAAAGUUCGAUCGUACACGCACCGAAUGUAAACUUAUCCAGAGCCAAAAAUUUCUGAAGCUGUUUUUGCAACAAAGAAGACAAGAUGGUUGAGUACGGAUCUAUACCGCAAACAGAACCACAAAUUACCGAUGCUCCUCCUCCCCCGCUUCGCUCUCAGUUGACGGCGGAACUUAUUGGGACGGCGAUUCUAGUGCAAGUCGGUUGUGGCGCCAAUUGUCUAGCAAUCUAUCUCGGUGUCUUGGAUGGCAUGUGGCAGGCAGCGAUUGUCUGGAUCCUGGGAGCCACCUUGGGUCUUUAUUCGUCCGCUGCCUUGUCCGGUGGACACUUGAAUCCAGCCGUAACUUUAUCGUUCGCUGUCGUUCGUCCGGCUGAUUUUCCCUACGCUAACGUCCUUCCCUACUGGGCUGCUCAGCUGGCAGGGGCUUUUCUCGGCGCCUUGACAAAUCUAAUCGUUUAUCACGAAGCCAUUUUAAGCUAUGAGGCGAAGAACGGAAUUGUUCGAGGGGGACAAGCCUCAAUUCAAUCGGCAGCUGCUUUUGGCGAUUAUUGGAGCCUUUCCAAGUAUGUGACAAGUGGGUGGCACGCCUUCUUGUUGGAAGCGUUUGGCACUGCUUUUUUGGUCUUUUGUAUUUUCAUGCUGACCAACAAGAAAAACUCUGUGCCUUCGGCAGCCGUCCCUCCUCUAGUCGCCAUUGCAAUCGGAUCGAUGGUGGUUUUGUUGGGUCCCAUGACUGGUGCAGGCAUUAACCCUGCCCGAGAUAUGGGCCCGCGCCUCGCGACGCUGCUCGCGGGCUGGAGAACUGCGGCUUUUGCCAAUUGGAUCGUUUAUUUUACGGCUCCUUUGAUGGGCGGACCCAUCGGGGCUUUAAUUGCGGACCGCCUGCUCAUGGCGUAGGGCUUGCGUUAGCAAGGCGAGACCAUAGUGUUUGCAUAUCUUUGUCUCCAUAAAUCUGUUGGGAGGCAGCAAUUUACGUAGCGCGUAGCCAGAAAGUGUUAGCCUGUGCUCGAGAACACAACUUUUCGGCCUUCCAUGCAAUCAAGCUCUACCAUGUGACUAUUCGCAUACAAAAAUUAACAUUCAUUAAAUCGAUGAAGUCGGUGUGC